AUGACUUCAUCAGCGCCUACAGCACGAUCACACAGUGUAGUGACGAACAAUAUAGUGCCAACGAAAGUCGAUAUGGGGUUCUCAAGGGUACCGACCUCACCCACACCUACAGUAGCUGUGGAGAUCAGAUCUUCGUCUCCAUUGCGUCAGCCCAGAGUCAAGAGUUAUCAUAUGGGAUGGGCUCAGGUUGUAGAAGAGCUAUCAUGGAAAUUAAAUGGAAUGGAGACGUCCGGAGGGUCGGAGAGUUCCGGUGGAGAGGAUGCGGAUGCGCGGCAGGCACGUCGAGGUCACGUGCUGGCUGAACUGCUGCAAACUGAAAGGGUCUACGUUCAAGAACUCGGCUCCAUACUCACUGCUCAGUACGUCGAUCCAGUGCACUGGAUGCACCGCACGCAACCGACUGCGUCAGCCUCUCGAGCGGAACGCAAUGCAUGCUACUCAUUCGCCAGCUGCACGCCAGUGCAAGCUCUCGGUCGCUUGUUACACUUCGCCACCCUCUGCACCAUGAAAUAUGGAAAAUACGACCUCCAUAAAUCUUCCGCGAAUCUAAGCGUCGGAACUUCCUACUCGUGGUACUACAGAAAAAAUGAGAACCCUCCUACACGGAAGAAGAAACGAUUGCAUAGAGCUGCAUCUGACUCCACUCUGUUCAGUGAUUACGCUAACCAAAUAUCUUUAUUUGAAAGAGGGAAGCUUCGAAACAAAACGUGCAGGAAAUCUGUGAGUGAUGUGGGAAAAAGUGGUCGUGUUAAAUAUAACCCGCGCAACAUUAAACCAGUCCAUAUGGAACCGUUCACUGGAAACUUCUUUUACGGUAAGACACUACCUGGUUAUGAGAACACUUCAAAAAGUGAGGAAAAAAUAACUUACUUACCGGAUUCGGACGCGGUCACUGCUUCAGAGGACACCACUGGCGAAUCGCUCACGACCACAGCGCCUACAGUGCUUGAUGUUCCGGAAUUAGGUUACAAAGACGAAAUUGAAAAACCAGAAAACCAGCAUUUGUUGCCAUCCGCGCUAGUUGGACAAGCCGAUGUAUUGUUUGGGAACUUGCACGAAUUGUUCACUUUCCACCAAGACAUCUUCCUAAAGGAUCUAGAAAAGUCUAUAUCGGCAACAGAAUUCGUUGCCCUGUGUUUUGUUGAAAAGAGGGACACAUUCUUCCGGCUGUACAGCUACUACUGCCAGAACAUCCCUCGGUCGGAGCGGUUACGGGAGACACUAGUAGACACGCACCUAUUCCUGCAGGCGUGCCAGCUGCGCCUCGGACACAAGCUUCCACUCGCCGCCUAUCUUCUCAAGCCUGUACAGAGGAUCACCAAGUACCAGUUGCUACUUAAGGAUUUACUUAGGUACAGUGAAUGUGGAUCAAUGACGACGGGGCUCCAAUCAGCACUAGACUGUAUGCUGGUUGUACUCAAAUGUGUCAAUGAUUCCAUGCAUCAAAUUGCCAUCACCGGCGUUCCUCUGGAUUUAAGUCAGCAAGGAGAGUUGCUGAUGCAGGGUUCAUUCCUUGUAGUAUCGGAAAACAAACGCGACCUUCGCCUGCGGAUACGCCCGCGACGGCGACACAUCUUCCUUUACGAGAAGGCCAUGCUCUUCUGCAAACCUGCCACCAAGAACAGCCACAAUAAGGCCACCUACCACUUCAAACACGAUUUGCAGAUGUCGCAGAUCGGGCUGACGGAGUCAGUGAAGGGCGACGUGCGCAAGUUCGAGGUGUGGCGGCAGGGCCGCGCCGAGGUGCACACGCUGACGGCCGGCAGCGCCGACGUCAAGCGCGCCUGGGUCGAGCGCAUCAAGCGCGUCUUGCUCGACCAGCUGCACGAGCUCAAGGGCGAGCGCGUGCGCCAGUACAGCGCGCAGCACAGAACACUAAUUCAAACGAGCUCAUGGGACCUGGGUCCGCCCAGUAACCAGCCAGCAAAGCCGAGCGCCGUAGUGCCGAGUGCGACGCGCACUGCGUCGUGCGACACCCACGACGAGCCGUGCUGGUCCACGGACCCCUCCGACGACGAUGAUGACGAGCCCGAACACCCGCCGGUGACGGAGGCCGUCGGUCUCAACGGUACCAUCCACCGAAUGGUACAGUUCUUUUCAGUGGCCGGCUCCGCACAAGCCACAUCCACGUUUUACGUGUCACAGUACUGA